GCGGAACAGCGGGCACCAAGUCGUCUUGCAAGACUGCGGGCACCGAGUCGUCUGGCAAGACUGCGGGCACCGAGUCGUCUGGCAAGACUGCGGGCACCGAGUCAACUGGCGGAACAGCGGGCAUCGAGUCAACUGGCGGAACAGCGGGCAUCGAGUCGUCUGGCAAGACUGCGGGCACUGAGUCGUCUGGCAAGACUGCGGGCACCGAGUCGUCUGGCAAGACUGCGGGCACCGAGUCAACAGGCACGACAGUGGGCACCGGGUCAUCAGGUAUCGGAUUGUCUGGCUCGACAGCAGGCAUCGGGUCACCAGGCAUCAGGUCAUUUGGCUUGCCAGCGGGCACCGCUCAUCUGGGAAGGCAGUGGGCACCGGGUCACCAGGUAUGACAGCGGGCUCUGAGUCAAUUGGCACGACAGCGGGCACUGGGUCAGGUACCGGAUCAUCUGGAUCAACAGCGGGCAUCGAGUCAACUGGC